CUUUCCAAAAUUUUGCUGUUAGCAAUAAAAUUUAUGUAUACGAACUGGCAACACAUUGUCUGCGAAAGUUGAAAACGAAAACUUUCCGUACUAUGCGCAUUUCUUGUAUUCCAAUGAGUGGAAAUGCUGAGAUUAAGCGGAAUUAAGGGUAUUUUAAAAAGUAAUAAUUUGCUAUGUGUUCCAUGUCCAAUUUCGUUGAGUAGAUUUUGUGGAAUUAAAAAAGAUAGUCUGCAAUUUUUUAAUUUUCUUAUUUAACUAAGCGGUACAAUAUUUAGUUUCACUGAAUUAAUUGAGAAUGUUGAUGCAUGUGCCAAAAAUUUUCACUUGCGUCUUUGUACGAUGUUAUGGAUGUGUACAUUCUAAUGUUCGAGUACGAUUUGCGCCGAGCCCUACUGGUUUUCUGCACUUAGGUGGUUUAAGAACAGCAUUUUAUAAUUACUUAUUUGCACGUAAAAAUGAAGGAAAAUUUAUAUUGAGAAUAGAAGAUACGGAUCAGAAACGAGUAAAAGCUGGUUCAGUAGAAAAUUUAUACUCGAUGUUGAAUUGGACUGGACUGGUACCAGAUGAAAGCCCUGAAUGUGGAGGGCCUUUUGAGCCAUAUAUACAGUCUCAGAGAUUAUUACAUUAUAAAGAGAAAGCAGAUUACCUUCUAGAAUCUGGGGCUGCUUAUAGAUGCUUUUGUUCAGAAGUAAGACUGGAAAUUUUAAAAAAAGAAGCUAUGCGAAAUCGUGUAAAUUAUGGAUAUGACAAUAAAUGUAGGCAUUUAACAACUGCUGAAGUUCAUAAUUUAUUACAAGAGGAGCAGCCAUACACUAUUCGAUUCAAGAUUUCUGGUGGUCCUGUAUCACACGAUGAUGUAAUUUUUGGCAGAUACACUUAUGAUGUAUCUGAAAACGAAGGAGACUUUAUAAUAAUGAAAAGUGAUGGUUUUCCUACAUAUCAUUUUGCUUGUGUUGUUGAUGACCAUUUAAUGCAAAUCAGCCAUGUGUUAAGAGGAACUGAAUGGCUCAUAUCUACGCCAAAACAUAUUUUAUUGCAUCAAGCUCUUGGUCAACAGCCACCUAAAUUUGCUCAUCUUCCUUUGCUUGUUAACAGUGAUGGUACAAAAUUAUCGAAGCGUCAAGAAUCGCUUGGAGUGGAAUAUUUUAAAGAAAAGGGAUAUUCUCCUGAGGCAUUGCUGAAUUUUCUUGCUGCUGCUGGAGGUGGGUUUGGAAAGCAAGAAGGAUGUUAUGUUUAUGAUUUGAAGACCUUAUCCUCUAAAUUUCAGUUAGAAAAUAUGAACACUAGUCCCUGUUCAGUGGACAUGAUGAAAUUAAAUAUUUUUAAUCGUAAUUAUAUAGCUAAAGAACUGUGUACUGAGAAGGGUUCUGCUGCUUUGAUAGAAAAAUUAAGAGAACAUUUGCUUGAAAAAUAUGGCAAAAAAUUUCAUGAAGAGGAGAAGAAUUUACCUAAUUUGUUUAUGAAGAAGGUCCUUUUGUGUUAUAAAGACAGAAUAAACAAUUUGUUUGAUUUGUUGAUACCUGAUAUGGAAUAUCUGUGGACAACACCAAAUCAUACUGAAGUGAUAGACAAGAUCAUGCUUCUUAACAUACCAGAUUCUUUUAUUUUGGGCUUCAAACAACUUCUUGUUAUUUUAUCAUCCUUAUCUGACUCUGAUAUGACUCAAGAAAAUUUAGGUUUAAAAUUAAGGAAAUUAUGUGACGACAUGAAGCUUCCCUAUGCACAAUUUAUGAGAUCUUUACGUGUUUUACUUACUGGUCAAAAGGAUGGACCUGGAAUUACUGAAAUAUUAAUCAUGCUGGAAAAGAAGAGAAGCAUUGAAAGGAUAUCUGCAGUUGUUGAAAAUAUUGAUAAAGUAAUAUCAGCUGAAAAGAGUAGUUCAUAAAUUUUUGUAAAUAAAUUUUAUUUUAAUAAUUUUUUAUAUUAACGUAGUACAUAAAUUUUUGUAUCCUUUGCACUUCAGUUGUUUUAUAUAUAGAAAAAUAGUUAAAAUUCCAUAUGUGGAACAUUAAAGGGCAUGCAUAUUUUCACAA